ACCUCGUCCAUGCUGAACUCGAGAGGGCUGCGAUCCAUCGUCGUGGACUCGUAACUGGAAAUAUCGACACCGGAGGCACGUACUGGGAGGCGGUUAAAUAACAGAACGAGGAUAAUUUAAACAUGUCCGCACUCUUCAAUUUCCAUUCAUUCUUGACAGUGGUGUUGUUGGGCAUCUGUGCCUGCACGUACGUGAAGAUACAUUUUCCAGCACUUCUCGAACAAAGAACUGGGUUUCGAGGUGUUUUCUGGAAGGCUGCUAGAAUAGGAGAGAGACUGAGUCCUUGGGUGGCUUUGGGGUGCUUCGCAAUGGGCGUCUCAAUAAUCUUCUUCUGAAUAGGAAUAUAUAUACGUGAGAACUGAGCUCCAACGACCAUAUUAGGUACUCGAGUUAUUUCUUCUUCGGCUUCAGAUUCUGCUUCAGCUCCCCAGUGAAGUGGAUAACUCCUCAAGAAAACUCUUCUUGUAUUGUAAUCUUCGUCGCGGAAACUUCUUGCUCGUAUCCCAUCUUCCUCCAUGUUUUCGUUUUUACUCAUUGUUGUUAAGAACUUCUUGUUUGAGUAAAGCUCUACUUAUAAUAAUAAUAAUAGGUGUUUUGGUACUGUGGCAGUGUGUGAAUAUGUGUGCAUGUGCUGUAUUUCUUCUUGGGGUAGGGACUAUUGACAAAGAUCAUAUUCUGUUGAGAUCCUAUAAUUGUAUAAACUAUUGUAGUUGUUGUCUCUUGUGUGCUGUCUUUUUUCUAGAGUUUACAGCAGAAUUUAUGAAUACUUUUGCUCUUUGGCAGCGCAUGACAGGCAAAAAUACUGGAAUUCUACGCUGCUGCAUUUUCUAGGUAUUGUAUUUUUCUUU